UGGUGGGGAAAGACUCCACCAGAGGCACAUAGUAGUUACAUCCGUUCGUCAGUUUCCUGUGACGUAGUGUGGUGUAAAGCCCUCACUCAGUCCCCAUGUCAGUUUAGGAGUGAGGCUGGUCCACUUCAAGAUGUGUUGAACAAGUGCAGGUUUAACAGAAGAGCAAGUACGUGGACGUGGUUAAUUACCCAACGCUGAGCUUAACCACACCCACCCACGUUGAAAAACAUCACUUCUCGUCUCAUCAGUGACGUUAAACAGCGUCUUAUUCUGUUUUCAGUGAACUGAUCCACCGACCAGUGAACUGAUCCACCGACCAGUGAACUGAUCCACCGACCAGUGAACUGAUCCACCAACCAGUGAACUGAUCCACAAGGGAUUCGUGAACAGUGUAGUAGUUGUAUGGUUCAUUGGUAGUCAUACAACAGUGUGGUAUAGUGUGACCUCAACAGUGUGUGGUAUAGUGUGACCUCAACAGUGUGUGGUAUAGUGUGACCUCAACAGUGUGGUAUAGUGUGACAUCAACAGUGUGUGAUGUAGUGAGGCCUCAACAGUGUGUGGUGUAGUGUGGCCUCAACAGUAUGUGGUAUAGUGUACAUCAUGGUGUGGCCUCUACAGUGUGUGGCAUAGUGUACAUAAUGGUGUGGCCUCAACUGUGUGGUAUAGUACAUCAUGGUGUGGCCUCUACAGUGUGUGGCAUAGUGUACAUCAUGGUGUGGCCUAAACUGUGUGGUAUAGUGUACAUCAUGGUGUGGCCUCUACAGUGUGUGGCAUAGUGUACAUCAUGGUGUGGCCUCAACUGUGUGGUAUAGUGUACAUCAUGGUGUGGCUUCAAAGUGUUUGUUAUAAUGUACAUCAUGGUGUGGUCUCAACUGUGCUAUAGUGUACAUCAUGGUGUGGCCUUAGCUGUGUGGUAUAAUGUACAUCAUGAUGUGGCCUCAACAGUGUGGUAUAGUGUACAUCAUAGUGUGGCCUCAACAGUGUGUGGUAUAGUGUACAGGUACAUCAUAGUGUGACCUCAACAGUGUGUGGUAUAGAGUACAGGUACAUCAUAGUGUGGCCUCAACAGUGUGGUAUGGUAUAGUGUACAUCAUAGUGUGGCCUCAACAGUGUGUGGUAUAGUGUACAUCAUAGUGUGGCCUCAACAGUGUGGUAUAGUGUAUAUCAUGGUGUGGCGCCACAUACCACACCUGAGGUUGUUUGUUCAAUAUUUAGUGAUGAUAAUGGAGCCUGCAGUAGUGCCCUGCGUCACUAUGGAACUGGACAACUACACCAAUCAAGACGUCUGCUUCGGGAAAUACUUCAAGGCUGUGAGUAAGUUUGGUCAAGUGGUUCUCAGCUCAACGUUCAUGUCCAUCUACCAGACUCUUGACGAUACUGAUAAAGGAACUUUACCUCUGAAAGAUUAUUGCCUAAAAAAGUUGAACUGGAGUUUGAGAAACCUAAAUAAGAUUUUCAAUACAUCUGAGAGGCUCAUAAUCACCAAGGUUCCUACUGACCAUGAGUUUGUUUGUGAUGUGUCUUUACUCUUCAAGAUCAUCAUGGAGGUUUUAAGGAAUCUUCCCGAUACCAUUAAAAAAGAUAUACGGGAUUUAAAGAACCUGAGAAACACCGUAUGUCACGAAGACCUUCAGAUGGACGAAGUCGAGUUGAAGCGUCGAAUAGAAGAGCUUAAAAGUGUGUGUCAAGCCACCCUGAAGGGUACUGCGGCUCUCACUGGCAAAGAUCUCUCGAGUAUCAUGGCGGAGGUAGAGAACGGCCUCCAGAGUCUUCUUAAGGCUCGGCUUGAACACACUAACAUAAUCUCUUAUAUGCAAGAUUUAGAAAGUUUUCGUCGAGAGAAUCAUUCCAAGAUGAUCAGUAGGGGAAGGAAGGAGCUGAUGAGAACUUACUCCGAGACAAACAUCCUCAACCCGUGUUCUUGGCUCAGUGACAAAAGCUUUGAGCACUUUACUGUUGACAAUAUUUUUACCACUUUGAAGAUAGUUGGGAAUGGAACUAAUGUGAUGAUGCAUGAUAUCCUGAAUGUGGAAUCACUGAAGAUGAGGUUUGUGCCACGUAUGGUGAUCGUGAAGGGGGUAAUGGGGGCAGGUAAGACCUCCCUCUACCGCUACCUGCUAAGUGAAUGGUGCAAACUGUCCACUACCAUUACUGGUCUAAUGGCUGUUGAUAUUGUUAUUGGCAUAGAGAUGAGAACAGUGUGUUGUGGAUCACUCAUACAGUUCCUCAGAGAACAGCUUCUCAAGAACACUUCACGAAUGUUUAACAAGAUAGACAUAAUCCCAGUACUUCAGGAUAUUAAUGUUCUCUUUAUCAUUGAUGGUAUGGAUGAAGCCACGAGUCAGGGCAAGAACUUAGUGAAGGAGAUUGUACACAAGUUUACACAAGCUAAAAUCAUCAUCACCACCAGGCCGGAAAUGAUCUUAGAGCUGAUGCAAAUGGCAGAGGACCACAUUGUUCUGCAGAUCGAAGGCUUUGAUGAGGAAAACCAGCACAAAUUUUUAGAGAAAAUAUUUGCCCUCAAAUACCCUGACAAAAGCCGCCAGAAGGAAGAAACGAAUAAGUUCGUGUCAUACAUGGAAGGAGCACGCAAGUCACUUGCCUUCCACUUUACACUGCCACUAACACUGGCACUCUCACUCAUCUUGUGGUGCGAUGACUCACAAAAGGUGAUCACUGUCAGUACAACUACUCGCCUCUACCAAAAUAUUUAUGAAAUGUGUCAACAAAAACUAACAUCUCGGUUGGUAAGCCUGGGAUGGGGUCAUGCUGUGUCCGUGAGCCGCAAGGUGCGACGCUGGCUGCUGACGCUGGGUCACAUUGCCUGGUGUAUGAUGCGUGAGGAAGCCCUUCACUUGAGCCAAGAACAUACUAACCAUCUCAUUGACCUCUGCGAAACAGAAGGCAUUGAUGCUAUACAAACUUUGUCAACUUUUUUGAACUGUGAAGGCAAGAAGAGACUGACUGGCCCCUUACACUGUUUUUCUUUCCAUCACAGCUCUGGCCAGGAGUUUCUUGCUGCCAUGUAUAUAAGUGAACAAGUGACCACCUCACAGUCUCUCUCCUCCAUAUUCAAGGACAUUGAAUCUUCAAGGUUCCAAGUACUAAUACUGUAUAUCGCUGGGCUCUUGAAAAUUAAUAAUAAAAUGACAGCAUCUUUAGCCGGGGAGAUAAAGAACAUACUGACACGCUGUAUGACAAUACAUGACAGUGACCCCAUCAUCCUGUGGCGGCUGCUGGAAGAGGCUGAGAAAGAUCCCGCGGUAUGUGAUGUGGUGGCAGUCAUUGUUAGCCAGACAGAAUUUUGGGUUAUUAAUUCUUGGGACAGCCCAGAAACUACUGAAGCUAAACUGAACUUGCUUAAACAAACUGGCACUGCUCCCUUUGAGGUCAUGAUGCAGGUACUAUACACAAAAAGUAUCAGUGAGUGUCCACACCUUAUGGUCAUCCUCGAGCUUCUAGGAAACAUCGGCAAGAGUCAAGUUAAACUCUACCUUGACCGUCACUUCCAUAGUGCAGGUUUACAGGAGGAUGUUGACAGUCACGUGGUACCUUUACUCAAGGUGAAUAAACUGCUGGAGUAUAAAGGUGAAGCAGGUGAGUGGUUCACAAAACACCUGGAGAGAGCAACACAAGUUCAGUCACUGUUCAUCCGAGUAACUUCUCUUAAAGCAUUGAUCCACCUCAGUGGCAGCAUCAGGAAACACAGACACUGGAAAACAAAAAUUAUGCCAUCCAGAAAAUGGAAUCUGAAAUAUAUAGAACUUUUCCUGGACAUUAGUAAAUGUACCAAGAUUUGUGAUAUACCUCAGCUGAACUAUAGGAAACAGCUGGUGGUCAAGAUGGUUGGUAUAACAGACUCAUACGCUGAGUGGGCGGGGGAGGUGCUGAACAAGCUCGCCCCCAGGUAUAGUUCUGUCAUACUUCAGGAGUCUCCUCUCACUGCCUCUGUUGGCAUGAAGCGUCUACUGAAAGCCGCCGCUAACGUCAACAUGAACAGCCUUCGUGUCAUGUCAGAGCAAACACCAGCACAGGAGGAGGUGGACAGGGCCAAAUCCCUAGCCAGCAAGCACAACAUCAGUAUUGGCUACUACAACAUUUAACUCAAACAGGAACUUGUUGGCCACAGUUCUAUAAAAGUCAAACUAAAAAGACUGAUUUACUAAAUGGACUUUUGGUACAGUGCCAUGCCAUUUUGCGAGAUAACCGGGUACGGUGUAUUGAAAAAUUCGCUGGCAUAGCAACUGAUUGGGUUCCUAAAAUUAUUAGUGUACACAAUGGACUGUUGAUCAAGCUUCUUGUUGAAUGAAAAAAUUAAGCUUUUCAGUUUUAUCGCAUUUUAUAUUUUCAAAAUUUGAACUUUGAGAAUAUAAUGAAAAUUCUGUUUCAAUUGUAAACUUCAUGAAAUUGUGAGCCUUAAACCAUAAACAACUUAAAUUGUGUCUCAAAGAGAUCUUAGUUGAGUACAGUACUACAGGGAUCUUGUUUUCUUCACACAAAGUUAGGUAGAAGGCAGUUAUCAAACAGGGAGGUACUACUCAAUAGCCUCUAUUAGGAGAUAAAGCUUGGCACCCUAUGCAUUGGAUCUACCCUUAUGUACCAGUGACGUUGGCCUCAGUCUUGAAACCAUUGGUCUUGUUACAUCACUAAAACGUAAACAAAUAUUAUAAUGGUAUGUAGAGACACUGGAGAACUGUAGCAUGUGUGUACAGUCAUACUAAAAUACAUGUAGAGUAUAAGAA